UGCAUCAUCGCAGCAAACACAGCUCGGCCAUGUUGGUAUUCUGGUCGUGAAUGGAUAUCACUGCCGCAUAGGAGCCGUUCCCUUGCUAGUCCUACGUAUUGUACCGUUAAAAUGGUGAAAUACUAACGAUUAAAUGCACACUCCAGUUUUGUAGGCAGACUCUAAGCGGGACGCGCCUUGCACCAUGUCAGCCAACGCUCAGGAUUUUGACUUUGAUGAAUUCGACAAACCUGGUGCUGAGCGGUCACGCAGGAGGAGAGGCGAAGAUGACGAUCUAGAGAGUGAUUUGGAAGAGGAUUUGUUGGGAGAGGACUGGCUGUCAGGUAAAAAGAAUCCCUCAGAAGGGUCAGAUGAAGAGCUGAAUGAUGACCUUCUACAAAGUGACGACGAAGAUGUAAAUAUGAGCGGCCAGGAUGUGAGCCUCAAUGCCACAUACAGCUUGGGCACAUCCUAUGACCAGCAGGACAACUUGCAGGAAGCAGACUACACAGAUGACGUUGUGAACCUGGGCGCAGAGGGCUGUGAAGAAGGGGAUGGAGGGGAGGAGGGGUACCAGGGAGGGGAGUACACGCAGGAAUACAGCCAAGACGGCAACUCAGAGAUGCCUGAAGACCAAAUGGAUUACACUGGAGAGGUAGCUGAGGGUGACGAUGGCUACCAGGAUGAAGUGUUAGACAUCCAAAUCAAUGAGCCCAUAGAUGGUGAAUUUCAAGAUGAUGUGUACCAAACCUCCUAUGUUGAUGGGCGUCUGGGUGAACAUGGAGUCCAACAGGAGGCAGUCCCUGAGGAGGAGCAGGAGGAGGAAGGGGGAGAAGAGCAGCAGGAAGAGGAGGAGGAAGACACAGCCAAGGGCUUUGACACAGAGGAGGUUGAAAAUGAAGCCAUGCCUGAAGAAGAAACAAAGGAGGAAUCAGAUGAGGAGGACGAGGAAGAUGAAGAGUCUGGUCGUUUACGGUUCAAAUCUGAAAGAAAGGACGGUGCUGUUGUGCGGUUGGCUAACGCAGGCUGCAGCAGGAGGGAUAUCCCUGAAACACUCGAACUGUCAGAGGAGGCUAAGCAAGUUCUGAUGGCAUUUGAAGAACAAGAACGGCAAAAGAAACAAAACCGAUACGGAGGCCGAGGCAUGCGAGGAGGAAUGCGAGGCGGCAGAGGAAGAGGAAGCUUCCCACCCUAUGGAAUGGGAGAUUUUAGAGGAGGAUACAGAGGAAGAAUGAAUGACCAGAGGCUCCCCCUGAUGGGAAACAUGGGCAUGCAGCAGCCAUCCUCCCGAAUGCCUCUUCCUCAUCAGCCUCAUCAGCAGCAAAUGCACUCCCAGCAGCACCACCCUUCACGUCCAAGAGGACCUCCUCCCUUCCAAGACCAUGGGCGCCCGCUGGUCCAGCAGCCCCUUCAGCCCCUCAUCCCCCCGCACAUGGCUCACCGCUCCCCGCCGUUGAGGCCCCAGAUGGAGCCGCCACCACGAAUGAUGAGCUCCCCGCCACCUAAUUUUCCUCAGCAUCACCAGCAGCAGCCUCCACAGCCCAAAAACAUCCACAUUAACCCCCAUUUCAGAGGGCCUACGUCAUCCUCUGUACAAGUGCCCUUGAUGCCUCCUGCUCAGAGCCAGCCCAGACCUGCUGUGGGUCCUCAGAGGUUCCCUGGACCGGGAGACUUCCAGCAGCACAUGUCUGGUAAUUUCGGUCAGCCCCAGCGGCCCCCUCAUCACAUGGAGCCCUUUAGGAACCAGCCACCUCAAGGCCCCCAAGACAGAGAGCCCCUCUUUAUGGGAGAGCACACAGAGUCAGCGAGGUUUCCAGGGCAGCACAUGUUUGAUCACCAGGGCCCCACUCCUCUGAUGAACAGCAGCCACAACCUCCAUCAGCAGCAGCAGAUGCCCGGCCAGGGCCAAAUGGGUUUCGGCCCCCCAGGACCAGCCUUCAACCAGCCGGGCCAGGGUCCACUAGGACUUUUUCAGAGAGAACCCCCAAGACCCAACCUCCCUCCCCACCAAGGUCAUCAGGGGAUGGUCGGCUUAAAUCAACAAGGUGGGCCCCCCAACCAGCCCAGACCCUUCAUGGGCCCUCGGCAGCCGUUUGGCCAGCAAGGGAACCUUUUUCCCCCUCCACAAGUUCCGUUUGGGAUGCAGGUACGACUAAGAGGCUUAAUGCACGGCCCUCCUGUCAACCAACUUCCACAUCACGACAUGCCGCCCCAUCAGCCCAUGCACCAGCAGCAGCAGCAACAUCAUAGGCAGGACUUACCCCAUCAUCAGCAGCAACAUCUAAAUGUCAGUGAGCCUCGCCCCAUGAUGCACCAUGGACAGAAUCCCUUCCAUCAACAGCAGGCGCAUGGUAGCCCCAGGCAGAUGACGCCCCGCCCUCAGAACCCCCAACAGCGCAACAUGUCCAACAGGCAGAGGAUGAGCACACCUGUCUCCAAGCAAAUGCAACAGCGCAACAGCAACCUCCGGGAGCUCCCCGUAGCACCUGGCAACAUGAACAUGAACAGUGCCCGCCCCGCCGCCAACGUUAGGCCUGUUGCCAAGGCAACACAGGGGGCGCGUCCUGGGCAGAGCACUCAGCUGGUGCCUGACGGUGGCAGAGGAAGAGGCCAAGUUGCUGCCAAGAUCGAAUCACAGCCUGGAGAGGCAGGCAGGACAGUUGUUCGCAAAGAAAUCGCAAGCACACCCUCCAGCACGGCACCACAGGACCCCGAUGAGGAUGAAGAGACCCGGCAGUACCGUUUGAAGUUGGAAGAGCAGAAGCGCCUGAGAGAGGAGAUCCUGAAGAGAAAGGAGAUGCGACGGCAGAUGCAGGCUGGCGUCAGAAAGAAGGAGCUACUGGACAGACUCAACGCCCAGACACCGGGCCAAGGCCAAGCUCCUCCACAGAUUCAAUCCUCACAACAAAAUCAGCAAAUGCCACACCCUGUCCAGCAACAACAACCACCACCACCACUACAACCACAGCAGCAACGACAGGAACAAAAACAGCCGCUGCAGCCACAGCCACAGCCACAGCAGCAGAGACCCCAGAGAGCACAACAAUCAUUAAAUCAAUCAUUAAACAAUCCUAAUCAGGCCACCCCCAUCCCUCCCAACGGCAGUCCUCAGAUCCCUACACCACGUCCCAAUGUCAAGACACGCCUGCAGAUGGUAAAAGGUAGCACUCAGCUGCAACAGACCCCUGGGCCUGGUCCAAACCAGCAGUGGAAACCACCACUUCAACAAAAUAGGCAGCAGCUGCAACAACAACAACAACAACAGCGAAGGAACAGUGCUGGGCAGAACUUAAACAGACCUGGUUCUCUGAUCCAGCCUGAUCAGGGCCCCCCAAAGAACAUACCUGUAACCCCGUCUGUGGGCCCUGGCCAGGCUCAGGCUCAGACUCAAGGACCUAAACUUGGGGCUAAAAGAACUGUGAUGCAGCGGGCCAAGAAUCCUAGUUUCGAAGGGCAGGUGCCACAAAAAGUCAGAGUCGUCAAACUUUCAGGAGCGAGUGGAAAGGGGCCAGUGCCAGCCAGUAGCCCAGUGCAGCAACAAGGCACCUGGCCGGCAACACCGCUCAACCAAAGGAAGGUUACCAUGACAGGGCAGCAGCAACAGGGACCAGGCGGAACACCACAGGUUGGCCGAGGGGUCAUGGGCAACCCGCAGCAAAACAGGGUUGUUGUGUCGGGCCGGGGCCGAGGUAGAGGGGGUGGUCCGAUGGGUCGAGGUCGUCCAGUGUCCACCAGACAGAGCCAAAGAGGAACAGAGAGCGAACGAUGCACUGUGUCCAUAGAGGGCCUCUCCUCAUCCACAACUGACGUUCAGCUGCAGAAUCUUCUCAGGUCCAUCGGCCCCAUCGAGAUGUUCAAAAUGAUGCCCCAGCAGAGGAAAGCAAUCGCCAAAUUUUCCAGUCCCCAGCAUGCAGCGAGUUUUCAAAUGAGCUUCCACAGGCACAUGAUUGAUUUGUCGCACAUUGAUGUGUCGCUGAUUGACGGAUGAGGAGCGCAAUAGAGCCAGGGAGUCCUGUUAAAAGAAGUCACUUUGUCCCAGCGUGGGAGCCUCACGUGCACAGCUCCAACCUGGCAUAGGAGUUUUUCUUCAGCCCUUUGGGGGUCACACAGUCGACGACUCUGCACAGAAGCAUCAUUCAUCUCUUUCAACUUGGAACAGUGACAAUAAAGACUGUAGCUGCGAAGCAUGCCAUUGUUUGACUCUGUCUACCAAUUGUCCAUUGUUGUAAAAUGGCACUGGAGAGACGCUGGACAGUGAAUCCUACUUUGAUGUAGUUUGUGAAGAAUGUUUUGUGCGUCUUACACGGACACUACGUCGAUCUUAUAAUGGGAUAAUGGUUGCUCCCCUCUUUAAUUAGAUUCAUUCAUAAAACAAAACGAACACUUUGUAGUUCUGAUGUGACUACUUCAUUGUAGUUGAUUACUAUCUGCGACUCGCUGUUUGGCUAAGGUGCAGGAAAUGGUUGUGGCAGACUGUGGUCUACUCAUAUAGCAGUGUGUCUCCCCUUCUGUAGAUGGCAGUAUUUCAUCACUAAUGGUGCUUCAUUUUUCCAACUCAAGCCCGCUUUUGGGCAGAGAACAGUCUGCAAGCAGUUUUUGGGUGAAUGGCCCUACCUAGUGGAGAUCUUGCAUACAGGCACAGAGAUGGAUGAUUUACCAUUAGACUGGCUGGGACCAUAUUGGCAUCGGAUGUCGGAUAAUAAAUAAAAGUUUUUUUUAAUUCUCAGUGGUUUUAGGAAUUGUUAAUGCUGUGACUCUUUUGUAGAUUUUGUGACGCUUUUCAGUUUCAGUGCUGCGUCUGGGACAGAUUAUGUUGUUUAGGUUGAGCAUUUGGCAUUGCUCUUUGUUGUAAGUGUUAUUAGAUCUUUUAACUGUUCCCUGGAAUCCGUUUUGGAUUACCCCUCCUUGCAUUUUGGAUGUUUAUUUUUUUAGGUUGCAUGUUGUCUGAUUAUGGAGAAGUUAGAUUUAGGUUUCUAAUCUGUAUUGAGUGUGCUUUGAGGGAAUGUAUAUGUAAUGUUUUUUUGAGAUUUUUUGUUUUGAGAUUUAUAUAUUUGCUAUGUCAGUGAGAAUGACUCACAAUUCUCCUCCAGGAUACAUUUCUGUACAUUUUUGCUGGGAUUUACAUUAGGCUUCCUCCGUUCAGGUGUAAGUGAUCCGAAUCUGUGUGACUAUGAGUAGAUAAUUUGGUGCCUUAUCACUCAGCUGCAUGGCGUACCUGGAAUAGCACUUUGAACGGUUUGCAUUCACACUGAGUUGACAACAUAGAUGUUCGGCAGUAAAGUAAAAAAGUUAAAUUCACCUCAUUACUUUGCCCGAUAACUUUAAUUCCCCUUAUUAUAUUAAAUACAUCCUUCAUAUCAUAUCAAUCAUAUUGAUAUUGAAGUCCUACUGAAAAUACAUUUCUGUGAGAAACUGUAAGUAACACUUGUACUAUCUCCAAGGCAUCAUUUUAUUUUAAUUUUCUGAGCAUGUGCCCUUGUUUGGGGAGUGCGACCAUAUCACUGAAAUCCAUAAGUUUUCUAAAUACUUACUUGUCUGGCUCUCAGUUUGAUUUCACGAGACAUCAUUAUUAAACUAAAUGGAGCAAGUUAGGCUCAUUUACUUUUCCCAUAAUUCCAUGAUUUUUGUUUUCUUUCUUUGUCGGACAACAUUUUUGUCUGUUGCGAGUUUAAAGUUUGAUACACGGAAACUUCUUUUAAAUGUUUAGGCGUCGUUUACUCGUAGUUGAAGUUCAGACAUGAAUCUUUUGUACAUUACUCACAGGACUGUGACACAGGAAGCGGAGGGGGCAACCAUUAUCUAUGUAGUGAUCAUGUACAUAAGUAGCCAUGAACCUUCUCUCAAUAUUUAUCCUGUUGAAUUUUUUUUUUUUUUUUGAGUUAAUCUUAUCUAUUGUAUCAAGUUAAACAUUUUUAUAUGUAAAGAUAUGCUAAUGACUCCAGACAUAAAUCAAGUUACUAGUGUUUUGUUUAUAAUUUAGCGCCAGAAUGAACAAUAACUGGACCAUUUUUCUGUUUAGAAAAGAGAUUUGACAAAAAAUUUUGAGGGAAAAAUAAAAACAUGGCCAAUAUACCGUGAACAUGCAGGUAUGUGAAGCCGGUUAAACUUUAGCCCAAAAAUGUGUGGUUGUGUGUGAUGUCCAUGUGUCCGGUGCCUUUACGAUGAAUAAUUGCUCUUAUUUGUGCUGCAUUUUAUGAUUUUAUACUUUACAUUCUCUGUAAGUCCCUGGGUAUUCAACUUGCAACAUAUCACAUACAUCUUAAGACACUUUGUAUGGCAAGAAAUUCUACCUCAUAUAGAUCUAGGGGGAUGCCACUGAAUUUUGGCAGAUUAUUUGCUUCAUAGCCAGAAACACAAGACUUUUUGUCCUGCCCAUUUAACUGUGAUGUCAUACUAAUGUUCAGCUCCCUACAGUCCUGACAUGUUAGAGGUGACGCAAUGGACAAAGUAUAUGUAGCUGCAUUUUAAACACUGGAUUUGACCAAUACAGAAAUAAUUUGGAGGGUUAACAUUUAGACUUUCAGCUGUUAGUAAAUCAACUCCUGGCUGUGCAUGUGGAUGACAUCACAGGUUAAGUCCUUUGUUCUCUGAUUUUAAGACUUCGGCAAGAGUUGUUCAUGUUCACAAGUAGCUAUUGGCCUCUGUCUCUGACUGCAUGUGUGAAUCAAAUUCAUAAAUUUAGUGGUGUUUCCCUUAAAUUAGCCAUUACUUCAAAUAAGUCAGAAUCCACUCAGUAUUAAAUGAAGCUUCACAUGCAUGAUUCUUGCCAGUAAAGGUCAUGGUUCUCAACAUGCUUAAGGUAUCAGAAGUAUUGGGACAAAUGGGGUGUCUGAAGAUGUCUAAACUCCUAAAUUUUCUCUUUUCUUCUUGUAAAACUUGAGGUUCCUUGGUAUUUUUUGUAUGUUGUACAGUUGCUCUAAACUGACUUCUUCAUGUUUUGUUCCUUUUGUUUUGAGUUGAACUGAUGUAGAGAUUUUUGUUCCCUAACAAUGUGCAUUUAAUGUCUUUUGUGUUGUGGGUUUAACUUGAUUUUUAGUGCUGUGGUAAAUCCUGUGGAUUUGAAAAAGUACAGGCAAUGCCAGUGAUAGUUAUAUUGCUACAAGACAGCUGGUCUUGUAAUGACAGAGCAGAUUCAUAUUGAAUCUUUUUGUACCUUAAUUUUAAGGAUUUCGUACAAAUAUGUACCUUGAACAUUUGGACAUAUUGUUCUAUUUCUCAUAGUAUUUCUCAUUGAGGAAAAUGGUGCUAAACUAUGGCCUGAUUUACAACAGGUUACUUAACUAGCAUGAUGCUUUUUUCAAUCACAUCAGCUCAUGUGGUUGCAGUAGGGUAUUUAAUAUUUGAUUGAGAAAGGCUCAUCUGUUUCUGUGGGGCUUUCUUGUGCUUGCAUAAGCCUUCAUUAUGGCUGGUAGCAUCACAAUGUUUAUGCUAGCUAUGGGUCAGAUCCGCAACACUAGCUGGGUUGGGUUCAACACAACACUAACUUAAAACUUUUAUUCCAACAGGUCCAUUUGCUGUUCCAGGGUGCUGAGACUUUGCAGACCAGCUGAAAUAAUGAUUUCAUUCUUUGUUUCUCCUCAGGUCACAAGCUGUCGUCAGCCUGGUUGCUAGCCCCCAAAGAAAACUUUAAAGACCAUGCCAAGGGUUUAGCAUGUUUCAGCAGUCAACAAAUUGGGUUAUGAAUGUGUUAUAAUUUACUACUGACUGCUUUGCAAAUUAUAACUACAACUUUUCCCAACUUAAAGUCAGCUGUUGGUUUUAGUUCAUGCAAGCACUUACUCAGUUUACUUAAAAUUGGCAGGCCACCUCAUGCAGCUAAUUGGCUUUCCUUUUUGUCAAAGUUAUGUUAUUGUUGCAUGAUAAUGUGGUUUAUAUUAUUGGUUCCUUGAUGUGUUUAGGUGCUUAUGAAAAGCUCCAACAUCUGAAAGUUGAGUUGGGUUGUUUAUAGUUUGUUCCUCUAAUGUAAGGAUUUAAGGUUAACUUUGCAAACUCUAGUGGAUCAUUUGAAACCGCUUGCUACUAGGGAUGGGCGAUAUUAUGGUAUAUUUAUCAUGCAACGGUAGAAAUGUGUCCACUGGUAGAACUUUGGCAAUACUGUGUCAACUAUGGGUGCUAUUCAUGGCAGGCUUUGUGGCAUAUCAGGGGCUGGACUGUUCCGUGUACUUGGGAUUAUCCCAUGAUCUUGCAAUCUAGCAAAUCUGUUAGCUUCGAAGGUAAUGUGAUUUGGACAGACAUGAAGGAGGAGAGCAAAGUUGUAAAUCCAGAAAACUAUAAGACUUAGAAUUAUUGUUCUCAAGAACCUUAAACCUUCUCUUUUGAAAGAAAUUUGGUUUUGUUAAGGAGUGUUGUCUCAUGUGAGGCAGUUUUUUGUUUGUAUGGAAGUUCUAAAUAAAAGAAGAAAAUAAUGACAUGAUGAAGUACAGUAUGGUUAUUUUUCGACCAUUUAUCAUUACAUAUACUGCUACUGUGAUAGAAAACUACAUAUGUUGUGAUAGAAGGUUUUGGCCAUAUCGCCCACCCCUACUUGCUACUGUUUUGAAGACUGAUUUCUCAAAGGCUUUGCUGUCAUGCUGGUAUGAAAAAUAAUUCUUUUGCUGCAUGUUGUAUGGUGUUGUAUGACACAUCACCAAACUGAAAGUUCUUGAUCAGGUUUUAUAAGCUAAUUCCCCUUAAGUUGUGCUAAACAACAAAGAAGAUAAAGUAUGCCAUCUCCAGUUGUUGUCUUUAUUGAGUUCAAGUAAUAGCUGCACCUUGUUUUAUUUAAGUUUACGAUACACCAGGUGAAUAUUUUUUGUACCAGCAGACAGCACCUUUAAGUGUGUUCAUUUGCCUUGUAUUUAUCUUUGAGGAAAUCAGUUGCUUAAAAUUGUGAUUCUAAUGAAACCAUUAAAAGUCGAAGUAUCGAUUACAUGAGAGGAACAAACUGGUUGAGCAAAAGCAUCCAAAACUGUUGGCAUGGUCAAACACUGACUUGUGGUGCUCCUGGGUGAAUCACAGUGGGCUGUUUGAGGUUGUAGUUUGGUUUUGGGCGGCACUGUAGGGCACACAAUACCGUGAGCUCUAGUAUUAACACUAAUUUUUCAACAGCGUGCUGGUGAGAGGAGCCAUUGAUCGGCUUAAACCACGAUACUUCUGUCACUUUACGUGCUUUAACUCACUCACUUAACACUCACGGUUCCUUUACAGUGAUGCAGUGUCCGGCCUUGGAAGCAAGAUUUUACUUGAGCUAACUUCCCUCACUAAAUAGAUGUCGCAUUCACUUGGUCUGCCACAUUUCCUUCCAUUACUGCUUUUCCUGCCACGGCUGUUCUUCCAACUUACAUGUAUUUGACAGUCGCCCAUCUUUUCCUUGAUGCUGCUGCUGUUGUUGAACUUAAGACUUCUGUAUCAAGCAGGGUGGCCUACCUGGAUUACCAUUGUUUCUUUAGCCCAGUUGGAUGGAGGUUUCCAUCUCUGUGACGACAGCCGGGUUCACAGAGCAGACACGUAACUCUAAAGCCGCUUUAUGGCUUUCACUGCACCAAAGGUCAUCCCAGCUUCUUGACAUGCAUUGUUUGGUUGGAUUUUGAGAAAAAAACAAGACACUACAGUGGUUUCCUCAUCCCGAACAGUACGGUGCACCAAAUAAUGACUGAUGAAAAUCCAAUCUCGAGUUUUGACUGAAACUGUUGACAAUCCAUCCUGUUGUGUGUUUUCACAAUUUGAUGUAUGACAUGAUGAAACAUAAUGUUCUGUGUUGGAAAGUUCAGAUAUCAAUCAUGUUUCAUGUUCUUAAGCUGUACACUGUGAUUAAGAAAUGUUUUCUAAAGAAAGUGAAUGAAUCUUAAAGAGAUGGAAUGUGUUAAAUUUGAGAAGAAACUGGAGAAAAAUAAACUUUUUGAUAAACACA